AUGGCAUCAAAUUAUUACGCUGAACAUCCAUCACAAACUCAAGCUCCUAAUUAUGGGAAUCCUCCUGCUCCUACUCAUGAUCCCAAUGGUGCUCCCCCACCUGGACAAGGAUAUGGUGGUGCACCAGGUGGUGGUUGGGAUCCAAACCAACAAGCUCCUCCUCCAAUGCACACCCAAUACGCUCCUCAACCUCAGAUGGGGUAUGAUCCAAACCAACAACAAUACCAACAAGGACCUCCGGGAGGUCAACAAGAUAAAGGAAUGGGUAGCUCAGCUGCUUGUUGCGGUUUAGGUGCAUGUCUAGCUUGUUGCUGUUGUUGUGGUGAAUGUUGCGACAUGUUAUGUUAG